AUGCAUAUGCUGUUUCUGUGUCUACCUCCGCCCUAUAUCUUUUUCGCCCUAGCCGUUAUUCUUUCAUCGUGCACUGGCGCACAUGCGGCCAUCGAGCGCCAGGUUCCCGGCGACCCCUACACUGUCGGAUACUCCACGCGCGGUCUUCUCAUUGACAACACGCCGCGCAUCCUGACCGCCGGCUCCGUCCACUACCCGCGCAGCACGCCCUCCAUGUGGGACUCGCUAAUGAAAAAGGCCAAACUCGGCGGCCUCAAUACCAUCGACACAUAUGUCUUUUGGAACAUCCAUGAGCAAACCAAGGGCCAUUAUGAUUUUACCACGGACCGCGCCAACCUCCCGUUGUUUCUCGAAACUGCGCGCAGAAAUGGCCUUUUCGUCAUGCUGCGUGUUGGCCCGUAUAUCUGUGCCGAGUGGAAUUACGGUGGAUUCCCGCAGUGGCUGCGGCACGAAGAAGAUGUGGUUUAUAGGAGCACUUCGGAGGCGUUUAUGCGCGAGAUGAAGCGCUUUGUGACCAAGGUUGUUGAGGUUGCGCGGCCGUAUAUGCCCGAGAUGGGCGGCCCCAUCAUUGGCAUGCAGAUUGAGAACGAACUGGGCGACCAUCAGUGGCGGUUCGGAAGGGACGGCGACAGGUAUGCAAGGUGGUGCGGCGAAACUGCCGGCGCAUUUAACCUCACUGUGCCCUGGAUCAUGUGCCACCAAUACUCUCCGGUGCCCAACGUAAUUCCGACGCAGAAUAACUUUUACUGCGACCAGGAGCUCGAAAAAUACCACCGCCAGUUUCCGGAUUUCCCCGACAUGUGGACAGAGAUGUGGCCCGGGUGGUUUCAGCGCUGGGGCGAGCCGGCGCCCUACCGGCCCAUUGAGGAUAUUGCGUAUGCGGUAGCCAAAUGGUAUGCUUAUGGCGGCACAUAUGUGGCCUACUAUAUGUACCAUGGAGGCACUAAUUUUGGCCGCUCGUCAGGCCCAUUCAUCCAGACGUCCUACGACUAUGACGGGUUUCUCGACGAGUACGGUUUGGAGAACUGGCCCAAGUACCUGCAUCUUGCCGAGCUGCACAAACACCUCCUGGACAAUGCCCAUAUGAUUACUGGAAAUACUGUGCCAGUUGCCCAGAGACUGGUGUCAGGGACUAACAAUAACAACGAUAAAGCCAUGGCACAUAUUUACGGCAAGCCUGGGUCUGAAUAUCUGGCUUUCUUGGUUAACACCAAUCCCAAGAGCGACAUCGACGUGGUGUUUGAUGGUCUGCCCAUCAAACUCGGCCGCUGGUCCGUUACGCUGGUCCACCGCCCUUCCAACACGGUUUUGCCCACCAUCCUGUACAACACCGCAGCGCUGUCCAAACCCGUUCAACACGCGCAAAGGCACCCGGCAGGGUUUGAAUCCAUCAGUGAGUCUCAAAAUGUGCUUCGGUCACAGGAGAUACUGUGGCGCACUGUCAAGCUGCCACAGCCGCCGACCAUGAGCAUCGAGGCUGACCGUCCGCUGGAACAAAUCAACCUUACCGACGAUGCGUCUGAUUACUUGUGGUACCGCACUACAGUCCGGGUGCCCGAAUCCUGCGCCAAGAUGCCAACCCUGGUGCUCGAGGAUGCCGGGGACGUGGCAUUUGUGUACUUUAACGAUCAAUUCACUCAAUGGCGGUACGGACAGCAGGACAGGCUGGCCAACUUUACGUUUGACGUUCCUGAAUCGGUGGUUGUGCGGGCAGCAGCCAGCCAUGAUAAAGAUAUGGUGGUGACCAUUUCUGUUUUGUCCCAGACCAUGGGCAUGGCGCACAACCAGGCAAAUAUGGAGGCGUAUAGUCGUGGGCUGCUCGGAAGAGUUGUUUUUUGCGGCAAGGAUAUUACCAAGGGGAAAUGGCUGAUGGAGCCAGGUCUUGAGGGCGUUGACCUGGACCAUGCCGUAGUCGAAAAAAUUUCAUGGCAGCCAUACGAUUCCCAAAUUUCCAUAUCUGGGCGUGGGUCGCAGCUGCGCUGGUACGCCAUUGAGCUCGAUACCCAGGCUCUUCUAACCAACGAAGCGGCACUUGCAACCAAAGACUCGGAUGGCCAUCCGCGGUACGCAAUCGACAUGUCGUCAAUGACCAAGGGCCAGCUGUGGAUCAACGGGCAGCAUUUGGGCAGAUACUGGAUUCGCCAUGCGCCGCCUAAGCGCUCCCACCUUGCUUGCCAGCUGUGCAACUAUGGUGGCUGGUUUUGGCCCGAUAGGGUUUGUCGCCAGAAAUGCGGUGAGAUCUCACAGCAGUACUACCACUUGCCGCGCUCCUACAUGCGUAUGCCGCGGGAGGGCCAAGUGUCUGUUAGGAAUACUCUGUAUGUGUUUGAAGAGCUGACGGGUGAGCCGGAGAAAAUAUCUGUUGCUCGUAGGGUUUCUCUGUCGCCAGUAUGUGAGAAGCCGGUGCAGCGGGAUAGGCCGGCUUUGUGGACGGCGAUUACACGGGUUUGCCUUGUUGCUGCAGUGUUUGGGGUGUUUGGGACGCUUGCUGUGGCUGUGAGGGGAUGGCUUGAACGCUGGGAGUAUGCGCCGAUCAGGCUGCGCGACUAA